AUGCCUUGCCUGCACAACCAUCACCAACCGCCUCACAACCACCACUCUCGUGACUUUCAUGACGGCGAAAUGUCGUCCUCUGCAGCCAUCGGUCUGGCUGUUGGCCUCACUCUCAUCGCAGUAAUCAUCGCUGCUCUCAUCUACUGUUGGUGCUGGCGCCAACAUGACCGGCACAAGAAGCAUCGCCGGCAAAACUCUCACCAUCGCGAUAAUCACGCCAAUGGAUGUACAACAACCCAGGCGGAACAGAAGCAGAAAAGACAGGAUGGCAGCACGCAGACCGAACAGGCCCCUCCACCGCCAAAGGCGCCCCUAUCAGUUCAUCACCAUCAGCAUGAUGACAAGCAUUUCCACGGAGACCACUACCAUGAACACCUCCACGAAGGCGAUCAUAUCCUAGACUGCCCUGAUCACAAUAUUGACCCAAUUAUUCACGACGAUUCCCGUCAGAACAGCCACGGCCACCAUCGUCAUCGUCACAGCCAUCAUCGCUUUCACCGCACCCAUCAAAUCCUCCUUCCUCGAGACCCCAUUGCCGAGUUUGAGAAUCUUAUAAGCCCUCUUUCCCCUGGAAUCUCAGACGCCACUCGUGCAGAUUUGGAAGCCAUUCUCAACGGUCUCGAUAUCCCGCUACCAAACGAGCCCGUCCGAACGAAUAGUCGUACUAAUGUAAAUGUGGAUGAACAAGCUGCACGCCACGAGGAAGAGUCA